AAACAAGAAACGAGAAAGUAUGUGGCAGUUGGAUUUCAACACCUUCUCGAGGACCCACCCACACAGCACUACUCAGUCGAAUAGAGAGUGAAGUUGGAUGCUCUUCCGACUCACCGACCGAUUCACUGGCUCAGUCCUUCAUCUGCUUCUCCAUCCCCAAUCAUUCCUUUCCUUCUGCAUUUACAUUUCUGAUCCUCUCUAAUUCCUUCACAAAUCCUUUCCAUUCUUUUCUUCCAAACUCUAAAACCCUAGAAUCGAGAUCGUCACUUUUGCUCCCAUUCCUGUAACUUAACGUUCUCAGUACUAUCAAGAUCCGAUCCAAUUUUAGUUGGCUGUUAGGAAUAUGACCAAGAUUAAGACCAAGAUUAUUGUGUAAGAAUUAAGUUGGCCAAAAUGAUCAAUACUUCACUUGCACUCACUUAUCUCUACUUGCUCAUUUACAUUUUACUUUCAUCUGGAGUUAUACUGUACAAUAAGUGGGUCCUUUCUCCAAAGUACUUCAAUUUUCCAUUCCCCAUAACACUAACAAUGGUUCAUAUGGGAUUUUCUGGACUAGUGGCAUUCUUUCUUGUUCGCGUUUUUAAGGUUGUAUCUCCUGUGAAAAUGACAUUUGAAAUUUACGUGACAUGUGUAAUUCCCAUAAGUGCCUUUUUUGCUUCAAGUCUAUGGUUUGGAAACACUGCUUAUUUGCAUAUCUCUGUGGCGUUCAUUCAAAUGCUUAAAGCCUUGAUGCCCGUGGCUACAUUUCUCAUGGCUGUUGUGUGUGGCACUGACAAACUAAGGUGUGAUGUGUUCUUGAACAUGGUGCUGGUCAGUGUUGGAGUUGUCAUUUCCUCGUUUGGGGAAAUCCAUUUUAACAUCGUGGGCACACUAUACCAGGUCACUGGGAUUUUUGCAGAGGCACUUAGGCUGGUCUUGACUCAAGUCCUCCUCCAGAAGAAGGGCUUGAAUCUAAAUCCCAUCACUAGCUUGUAUUACAUAGCUCCAUGCAGCUUUGUGUUUUUGUUUAUACCGUGGUAUAUGCUGGAGCAGCCGCAAACGGAUAUUUCCCGUAUACAGUUUAAUUUUUGGAUUUUCUUCUCCAAUGCGGUUUGUGCUCUGGCCUUGAACUUCUCAAUUUUCUUGGUAAUUGGUAGAACUGGGGCAGUUACUAUCCGUGUUGCUGGUGUGUUAAAAGACUGGAUUCUGAUAGCUCUUUCAACAGUUAUUUUCCCGGAGUCAACCAUCACAGGACUCAAUAUAAUUGGCUAUGCAGUUGCACUUCUUGGCGUAGUCAUGUACAACUAUUUGAAGGUAAAAGAUGUCCGUUCAUCUCAACCAGCAACCCCUGAAAGAAUUUCGGAUAGAGCAGCAAAGGAUUGGAAAUUUGAAAAGAAGCCAUCUGAUAUUUAUGUUCCUAAUGAUAAUGAUGGGAAAAUUGGUGGAAGCAGUGGAGCAAACAAUGUAACUUCCGAAAAGAUGGUUGAUGAAGAAGCUCCUUUAAUAUCAUCUUCAAGACUGUCUCACAUAGGACGUACUCAGGUUUAAAUAUAUGAUGCGGGACUCAUUAGAAUGACGAUGAUAGUAUUCCCCUAUGGCCCCACCCCCACUUUGCAGAGAAGAUUAGGAGCUAUAAAAAGCGGCAUACAAUAUCAAGUUUAUUAUAGACACCAAGAUGCUUCUUUUUUGCUUCCAUUUUUUAGGACAUAAUUGUAGGGCAAUUCAUUUGUAACAAUUCAGGAUAUCUUGUAGCAAUUCAUUUGAUUGAAACAACUCAAGUUUCUAAAGGCAUUGGUGCCUAAUA